AUGAAGCCCAUUUCAAGUGUCUCCCUUCUCAUACUUAUAUGCCUAUUUCUUACAGAAUUCCAUGCAACAAAUGCAAGAGGGUUAAUCAAUAAAGCAUGUGAAACUUCCUUGCACAAGGGCCUUUGUGUAGCUACUAUCAAAGCCGAUCCUGGCUAUAAAGGUGCUAAACUCCAUGAUCUAGCCGAAAUUGUACUGAAAGCUGCAACGUCAAAGGCCACCGGCUUACAAAAAGACGUUGAACAAUUGCUCAAGGAAAGAGCUGGUACCUCUGUUGAGAGUGCCUUGAAAGAUUGCAAAGAUAACUAUGCUGAUGCUGUUUCUCAACUUGAGAAAUCCAAGCAAGCUUUGGAAAAUAAACGGUAUAAUGAUGUUAAUACAUGGGUUACGGCUGCGAUGAACGAUGCAGAUUCGUGUGAACAAGGUUUCAAAGAACAAGCAGAUAAAGACUCAUCAAUAGGCCAGAAGACUGUCAUUUUUGGCCAUCUUUGCAGUAAUGUCUUGGCUGUUACAAAUAAGGCUGCUGCUGAAUUCCACGCAACAAAUGCAAGAGGGUUAAUCAAGAAAGCAUGUGAAACUUCCUUGCACAAGGGCUUGUGUGUAGCUACUCUCAAAGCGGAUACUGAUUAUAAAGGUGCCAAACUCCAUGAUCUAGCCGAAAUUGUCCUGAAAGCUGCAACAUCAAACGCCACGGCGUUACAAAAAGAAGUUGGACAGUUUCUCAAGGAAAGAGCUGAUACAUCUGUUGAGAGUGCCUUGAAAGAUUGCAAAGAGAACUACGAUGAUGCUGUUUCGCAACUUGAGAAAUCCAAGAAAGCUUUGGAAAAUAAACGCUAUAAUGAUGUUAAUACAUGGGUUACAGCUGCCAUGAACGAUGCAGAUUCAUGUGAGCAAGGUUUCAAAGAACAAGCAGAGAAGGACUCCCCAAUAGCUCAAAAGACUGUCAUUUUUGGCCAACUUUGCAGUAAUGUCUUGGCUGUUACAAAUAAGGCUGCUGCUGAAUACCAUGCAACAAAUGCAAGAGGGUUAAUCAAGAAAGCAUGUGAAACUUCCUUGCACAAGGGCUUGUGUGUAGCUACUCUCAAAGCCGAUCGUGAUUAUAAAGGUGCUAAACUCCAUGAUCUUGCUGAAAUUGUACUGAAAGCUGCAACAUCAAAUGGCACGGCCUUAAGAAAAGAAGUUGAACAAUUGCUCAAGGAAAGAGCUGAUACAUCUGUUGAGAGUGCUUUGAAAGAUUGCAAAGAGAACUACAAUGAUGCUGUUUCUCAACUUGAGAAAUCCAAGCAAGCUUUGGAAAAUAAACGCUAUAAUGUUGUUAAUACAUGGGUUACAGCGGCAAUGAACGAUGCAGAUUCAUGUGAGCAAGGUUUCAAAGAACAAGCAGAUAAGGACUCAACAAUAGCCCAAAAGACUUUCAUUUUUGGUCAACUUUGCAGUGCUGUCUUGGCUGUUACAAAUAAAGCUGCUGCUGGUGCGACUGUAUCAGUCUAA